UUGAGACACCUCCAUCACCACAUUUCCUGUUUGUAACUGAAACAGUACACACAAAAGAUUUUGAGAAACAGAAGAGAAAAGAAACAGAAGCACAGCUAAAGACAGGUGUUAUUGUCAUGCUGCUCUUAACAUAACAGAGCAACAUCACCUAGGAAAAUAAGUUUGAGAGGAUUUCUAAUCUAUACAUUUUCUUAUGGCGAGUUAAGGAAUUCUCUCAAAAAAGAAGCAUGUCAGGGAGCUCUGGGUGCCCCUUUUUCCUCUGGGGACUUCUAGCAUUCUUGGGCUUGGCUUUGGUUACAUCCCUGAUCUUCAAUAUUUCCCACUGUGUGGAAAAGCAACGACAAGAUAAAAUGUACAGGUACUCCAAUGACUACAUUCCCAGGGCUGAUGAGUAUUAUAUUGAAGACACACCAAUUUAUGGUAACUUAGAUAUGAUUUCAGAACCAAUGGAUGAAAAUUGCUAUGAACAAAUGAAAGCCCGACCAGAGAAAUCUGUAAAUAAGAUGCAAGAAGCUACCCCAUCUGCACAGGCAACCAACGAAACACAGAUGUGCUACGCCUCACUUGAUCACAGCAUUAAGGGGAAGCGCAGAAAGCCCAGGAAACAGAAUACCCAUUUGUCAGACAAGGAUGGAGAUGAGCAAUCACAUGCACCGGAUGCCAGCAUUUCUAAGACCACCUUAGUAGACAGUUUCUCCCCAGAAAGCCAGGCAGUAGAGGAGAACAUUCAUGAUGAUCCCGUUAGACUGUUUGGAUUGAUCCGUGCUAAAAGAGAACCUAGAAACUAGCUGGACCAUGAUCUAGCUCAAUGAUUUGGCUCCUGCUGAAGAUGGUUGCUAAAAAAACAAGAUCCACGGAGGCCACAGAAGGACCUGGUGGCGGGAUGAUGACCUCAUCUGUUGAUGGGAUGGUGGCUUACCUCUUAUUCAGAGCUUACACUUACGCAUGCCAAAUGUAACACCAUGAAAACCAGCAUUUCAAAUAAGUUAAAAAAUGCUUAACUACUAAAAUGUAAAGCCUUAAUGUGCUCACCUCAGCAACACAUAUGCUAAAAAUUAAUAAAAUCCAGUUUGAAAAUUGAGCCUGAUAACAAAAUUACAAAUUCACAAUACCUAAUACUUAGGGAAAUAAAACAAAAUUUAAGCAUGAAUGUAUUCUGGAACACAUUAGAAGAAAAAGCCAAUGAGUCUUGUUCUUUUAAUUCUCCUUUCUCACCAAUGGGAAACACCCCAUAAUUAAAAGAAAUUUCUGAUUGAAAGGUAUAGGAAACAUUAAAAUGCGUUACUAAGAGAAGUAAUAUAAUCUUCCUACAAGGUAUUUUUCCCAAAGAUACCUUUACUAUUUCAAAAAUUGUCAAAUUAAUGUAUGCUCCUUGCAACAGCAAAGAAAUAUCAAAAAGAGUUGAGAAAUUCUACUAGAGACAAUCACUUUGAAAAACUUUCUAUAUAUCCUUCUAAAUAUUUUUCUGAGAUGCUUAUAUGUAUACAUCAGCUGUUUCUCUUUUUUUUUUUAACCAAAAUUGUGUUUUAUUUUGUACACAUGACUUAAACUUUCUUAACAAUAUAUUGUGGAUUUAUUUUCACUGUUAUAUUUAACUAUAUAUAAAUACACUUAUAUAUCAUGAUUUUAAUGUCUGCGUAGCACCACUGAUAACCAAAUCAGAGUUUAAAUAAUUUUAAUGACUUUAAAAACAAUUUAUUGAUACAAAAAGCAAGGUUGAGAUGACAAUGUUUCUUUCAGUAAUUAAAAAAAUAUUGCUUCAC